UAGUAUAUUAGUUACAUCUAAAGGUCGAGCACCUUAAGACAGCCAAGGUAUUAAAUAUUCACCGACAUCUGCUGGGCGAGUCAUUUUGAAAUAUCUAUCAAGGCUUACAGAUUACCGUAAAUAAUUCAAAAAUAAUGUUUUUUACAACAGUUAUCAUCUUGUGUGGACUCUAUCUCUGUGCAUUUGCGCAUGAUAACAAAACUGAAGAUCAGAGUCUCUCCGUAGACGAGACAAUAAAUAAACUAUUAGACCAUGCUACGUAUGAUCUUCAAGACGCAGGAAUUGCAAUGUUACUAAAAGAACUUAAAGAUGCCAGAUCGCACGAAAGAAAUAAUAGGCGCGUGAAUUCUUCUCGUUACAUUACAAGCAUCUACACACGUUGGGGACGUAGGGCAUGUCCUGCUGGGGCAUCCUUAGUUUAUGAAGGAUUUGCAGCUGGGGGAGAAUACCGGGACACUGGGGCAGCUGCAAAUUAUUUAUGUCUUCCACAAAGUCCAGACUGGGAUAACAAAAGUAAUAACCCGGGCGGUGUAGGCCUGAUAUAUGGAGCAGAAUAUGAAAGUCAUAAAAGCAUUUUUCAACAUCUAGCCGAGCAUGAUGUUCCCUGCGCUGUUUGUCAAGUCCCAAGAAGCAGUGUUGUGAUGGUACCCGGGAAGAAUACCUGUUUCAAAAACUUUGUUAAAGAAUACAGCGGUUAUCUUAUGGCUGGACAGCCUACCCAAAAUGCAGCCUCCGAGUACGUUUGUGUUGAUGGUGAACCUGAACCAGCUAGCAAAUCCCUUACUACCGAUCUCAACGGGAAACUGUUUUACUUUGUUCGAGCUAAGUGUGGUGCGCUUAAAUGCCCUCCAUAUAAAGAGGGUGACGACCUUACAUGUGUCGUAUGUUCCUAUUCACCCUAGUAAUAAUUAAUUAUGACAGUUAUAACAGUUAUGUAUGAUUGAUGUAACGAUUAUCGACAUGGACAAUCUUCUGUUGUUUCCGUCAUCGUUUCCAUUGUGACUAAUGAAUAAACAAAGCUGCACGGGAUUUUGUUUACAUUUCAGGUGUUUUAAGACGAACCUGCAAAUUAGCAAUAGCAUUUGCAUUUUGAUAUUAAACAUAUACAUACUUACUUUGUCACAUGUAUAAUUGUCUAUUGAAUAUAAACGUUCGUCUCAGUGAAUGUAUUAAGUAAUUUUAAAACAUUAGUAUCUUAUACGCAAACGAUAUUACCAUCCGAUUACCUGGUUAAAAAAUGAAAUUAUUUUUGGUUAAUAAUGUUUAUUUUUUAACCUAAUGUUUAUUACUAAUGUUUAGUUAAAUCUAUUUUUAUACAGUAAAACAUAAUAUUCUUAUCAUUUAAAAAGCAAGCUUUUAUUCAACAUGGAUUGUUAUGGAUUAGGAAUAAAAUUUGCAUUUUGGUAUAAAACGUAUACAUACUAACCUGGUCACAUGUAUAAAUGUCUACUUUUUAAUGUAACUAAAUUA